AAGAAAAACUUUUCUCAGCAAAAACAUCAAACAAAGAACCCCAAACGAAGCAAAAACAUUUUCAGGUCAAAGCUUAGUGCUGGGUUCUCUUCUUCCUCUCUCUCAUGGAGACGAGCUCUGACUUGUCUUCCAUGGUUCGUCUUAACAUUGGUGGAAAGAAAUUUUGUACUACCAUUGAUACUUUGACUAUCCGUGAGCCAGACUCAAUGCUUGCAGCGAUGUUUAGUGGUCGACAUGCAAUGUGCCAAGAAUCCAAAACGGGUCAUGUAUUCAUAGAUAGGGAUGGCAAACACUUUCGUCAUAUUUUAAAUUGGUUGCGUGAUGGUGUUGCUCCUAGUCUGUCAGAUCCUGAUUGUUCUGAACUUUUGCGUGAAGCAGACUACUAUCAGCUUCUCGGGCUGAAAGAUGGAAUCAAAGAUUCGAGAAGAGAACUUGGUGAAGUAGAAGCUGAGUUAUCACGUAUAGAUAUCAUCAAAUGUAUACAAUCCGAGAGAGUCAGGUUCCGAGGUGUUAAUCUUUCUGGAAUUGAUCUUUCUAAACUGGAUCUAUCCCUUGUGGAUUUCAGCUAUGCUUGUCUUAGGAAUGUGUUUUUCUCUCGUACAAAUCUUCAGAGUGCCAAAUUUCGGAAUGCUGAUGCUGUGGGCUCUAUCUUUCACAAUGCUAUUUUGCGAGAGUGUGAGUUUACCAGCGCAAAUCUUAGAGGAGCCUUGUUAGCUGGUACAAAUCUUCAGAGUGCAAAUUUACAAGAUGCCUGCUUAGUGGACUGCAGCUUCUGUGGAGCAGAUCUCCGCACUGCACACUUGCAGAAUGCAGACCUUACAAAUGCCAACUUGGAGGGAGCAAAUCUAGAAGGUGCAAAUUUGAAGGGUGCAAAGUUGAGUAAUGCCAACUUCAAAGGAGCAAACCUUCAACGAGCUUACCUGAGGCAUGUGAACCUGCGAGAAGCGCAUAUGGAAGGGGCAAACCUCGGGGGAGCUAAUAUGACCGGUGCUAUCCGGUAAACACACCAUUUGUUCGGGACUGACUGUAAAGUCUCGGUCUUAUAAAUGAUUUGUAACUGCUUCUGGCAAAACGUGAGUGUAGUGGCCAUAUCAAAAGCCAAAAGCUUCUUGUUGUUGAAAUAAUAAAAAAAUAUAUAUAUAUAUAUUCUUUCUUCCAAAAAUCAAAGAUUAUCUAAGAGAUUUUGUUUUGAUUUAAUGUAUUUGAUCUCUAACGUUGGUAA